CAGCCCCAGCGCCGGCCCCCAGCCCCCGCCGCCCGCGGGCCGCCGCGCCGCCCCGCAUUGUCCGGGCAGGAUGCGGGGCCCCGCACGGCCGCCCGCUGCCGGGCUGCGCUAGGGCCCGCCGGCAUGAGGAGGUCUGUCGAAGAUGCACUGGUCACCAGAGCAUGCCCAGUCCCUGAACCAGUGGCCGGAGCAGCACCUCGACGUCUCCUCCACCACCUCCUCGCCAGCCCACAAGUCCGAGCUCUACCCCAGCACCCGCCAGCGCUUCAACUACGCCUGGGCCAACGACGACAUCUCUGCGCUCACCGCCUCCAACCUCCUCAAGAGGUACGCCGAGAAGUACUCGGGGGUGCUGGAGGCGCCCUACGAGCGCCCGGCGCUGAGCAGCUACGGGGAUGGAGCCUUCGGGCCGGUUAACGGGCAGAAAGGGGACGGGGAGCCCUGGCCAGUGGCCCACGGCUCUGACGGCGCCUACCCCCUGACCCCCAUCCACGAUGGCCUCCCCGGUGCCAAGGCGGUGGUGCCACCCGCCGUCCCCCCCAGCGGCGGGGCCAUCGGGCUGGGCGGCUCCCCGGUGGUGUCCACCGACCCCAUGUACCCCGGUAACUCCUGCGGAGGAGCCGCCGCCGGCUCUGGCGGGCUGGGGUCAUCUCAGGAGUACCCCUCAGGCUACGGUGGCACCUACUUGCCCUCUGGCUACUGCACCCAGCCAGCAGCGGCGCUUCCCCCCCCGCACCCCCCAGCCCUCCACGGCUCGGGGCUCCUGCAGCCCCCGCACCCCUCGCCCGCCUUGGUGCCGGGCUACGGCUCCUCCGGCCCCAUGUACAACUACGCCGCCGGCAGCUACCCGCCACAACCGGGCUACGGCACCAUCCACCCCCCGCAUCCCUCCGCCUCCUACCUGCCCUCCGGCAUUGCGGCGCCCACCCCCAUCCCAGCCCCGCCACCCGCCGCCCGCCCGCCCGGGGUCCCUGCCUAUGGCUACCAGGGCGCUGGUUUGGCCCCCCUGGCCGUGCCGCCCCUCGGCACCGAGGCGGCGGGGGGUCUGAAGAGGAAGGCUUUCGACAUCUCCGGCGGGGAGGACGAGGGGGAGGGCAGGUAUAGGAAAUACAGCUACGAGCAGCCAAAGUCCCCCUACCCCAUGUCGGACAACGGCGAGUGCCGGGGCAACGGGUUUGGGGGCAGCGCCGAGUCCCCCCAGGUGGCCUUCAAGCCCGGGAAGCGGCCGGGGGGCACCGGGAGCGCCGAGGAGCACGCUGGCAAGUACGGCGGGCAGCCGAUGAAGAGUCUGGUCUCACCACCCUACGGCGCUGGGGAUGCUGCGCUGCGGCCGGCAGAGCCCUUCGAGAAGUUCAGCCCCCCCCUUGCCAACGGGGAGCGGGCGGCCGAGCCGGGUCCCCCCUUCCCACUGCGGCUGCCCCCCAAAGCGCCGGUCUUUGGCAGCCCACCGGUAGAGGAGCAAGCCAAGAACGUUGACCCCUUGGUCUUGGAGCUGGUGAACACCAAGGUCGUGGAGCGGGGGCCACCCGUGCAGUGGACGGACAUCGCCGGGCAGGUCUCUGUGAAGGCCACCAUCGAGGAGGAGCUGGUGUGGCCCAUCCUGCGUCCCGGCGCCUACACCGGGGCGAGCCGGCCGCCCCGAACCAUCCUGCUCUUUGGUCCCCGCGGCACGGGGAAGACCUUGUUGAGCCGCUGCAUCUCCACCCAGCUGGGCUCCACCUUGCUGAAGCUCAGCGGGACAACCCUGCUGUCCACCUGGAAAGCCGAAGCCGAGAAGAUCCUACAGACCGUCUUCUUCGUGGCCAGCUGCCGGCAGCCCGCCGUGGUGCUCAUCACCGAGGCUGAAUCCUUGCUGGUGGCUCGGGCCGGUGAGGACGGCAGCCAGGUGAGCAACCUCAAAUCCCAGCUCCUUUCCUACCUGGAUAACGUGGCUACCUCAUCCGAGCAGAACGUGGUCAUCAUCGGGACCACCUCCCGACCCGGCAGCAUGGAUGAAGCAUCUCACCGCCGCUUCGCCAAGAGGUUCUACAUCUCCCCACCGGACAGCAUCGCCCGGCGGCAGAUCCUCCAUCACGCCUUGGCUCAGCAGAGCUCCUGCUUGAGCGAGCGGGAGAUGGUCUCCCUGGUCCAGCACACCGAGAGCUUCUCCGGCGGCGAGCUGGUCCAGCUGUGCCAGCACGCCGGGGCCACCACGCUGCGCGCUUUGCCGGGCCAACUCCAACCCACCUCCUACCAGGACUUCGAGAAAGCCUUCUGCAAGGUCCGCCCCGCCGCUUCCCAGAAGGAGCUGGACUUGUUCCUGGAGUGGGAUAAAAUGUACGGCACCCGGCACUGACGUGGGAUGGGGGGGGGAUGGGGGGCGCGGGGAUGGACCCUUCACCCCAGGCUCCAGGGAUGGACCCUUCACCCCAGGCUCCAGGGAUGGUUUUGGGAUUUGGCUGAUGAACGCAGGGUUUGGAGGGGCUGGGGGCUCUGAUUCCCGCUCCCCCCCAGAGCCACGCUGGGGCCGGACCCCCUCCUCCCAAAGCGCAGGAGACCCCCGGCGCCAGCAUGCCAUACCUCUUCUUUAAAAUUUCGGGACUCGGCCGGGCUUUUCCUCUCCUCGGUUUUUCGGGAGCCGUCGCCCACCGACCUCAGGAUUAACCUAUUUAUUAUUUUCCCGUUCAUCCGUCCCUGGACCAGUGAUGCAGCGAGGGGGGACAGAGGCGACCCAGGGUCCGGCUGCACGAGCCCCGCCCCCCCCCCCUCUUAACCCAGAGGCUUGAUGAUGACGAUUUUUUUUUUUUAAUUGCUUUUAUUGUUCCUAACAGAAAUAC